AUGCUUCGGUGGGUGUUGGUGCUCAACUUGGCCGCUUUGGCGCUGGGCUCGAUGUGCCCGAUGGAGGAGCACCAGAUCUGCAACGGUGAUUCGUUUGAACACAAAUGUGUAUGCGCCAUGACCCGAGAAGAGUCCGCCCCACCAGAGGUUUCUUGCAAUCAGUUGAUCGACCGAGACGAAAACGGCAACUUCCCGGUUGUUUCUGUGACUUUGAAGAUUGACGACUCGAGCGAAGGUCGCGAAGAAUGGCCGGAAGAGGAUUUCGUGAACAAGAUUGCAUCUGCACUUCGUGUUGAUGAUGAAGACGUCCUGGUCCUUCGCGCUUCAUGCGAGGGCACCGAUGACACCCUUGUUGUUCAGUUCGCCAUCUUGAAGAAGGAUGCCAACUCUUCGGAUUUGCCCUACGAUGAGGACGAUUUUGUGGAUGCUAUCUCUAUCGCGCAGCGAAUGAAGUCGAUGAGCCAUUUGGCCAAGAUUCCGGAUAUUCCGGUGGAAUCGAUUGAGGCUACUGAGGAAUUGGUGGAUAUCGAGUUCGAUUCUGAAAACAGCAAAUUGGUCUACCAGGCAAUCGGUGCCGGUGUCUUCUGCAUCGUCUCGUCCAUCUUGGCCAUCAUCGUGGCAUGCCGGAGCAAAGACUAUUCUGACGACCUCCAAAAGGCC